AUGAGACUACCGCGUCGCGUGCCCUGGGCGAAUAUUGGCGAACUUGACCAAGUGUGCUCGUGGAUAUAUGAUGACGAAAACGAUGCAGACUCUAAACAACUUGCAGUCCAAAGGUUGUCAGCAUGGAAAUCGAUGACUUCACUCCCGCAUGCCUUGGAGUCUACUCUGGCGUUGUUGACUGCUUUACAGCAUGAUGCUAACGGCCAGCAUGCGGUUCACGGAAUGGCCUUGCGCCAAAUGUACGCCGCCGCCGUUAUCCGUCUUGUCAAUGGAUUGGUGGAUCCUCUGCAAUCAGGAGCAUACGCUAGAUCCAUUGCAUCCAUAGCUCAGCAACUAGGUCUACCUGCUUGGCUGGUGGAACUGAGACAUGCAGCGACACACGAAGAAUUGCCGAGUCUUGAGCUGCUGAGAGAAGCAGCGAGAGAGUCUAUGUCAUGGCUGUUACAAAACUACUUUCUGCCUACGCUCAAUCCCUCCUCGACACCUCCCCUCCAAGCCCAACCUCUUACCCCAGUUGCACCCAUUCUAAAGCAGUACAAAAGACUUCUGAAGCUCAUCACUCGUGACGCGUCCCUUGCUUCAAGGCACAAAGCGGAUGUUACUAAAGUGCUCAGAGACCUAGAGCGGUGGAUAGCUGAAGCGAAGGUCUCCGAGAACAUAGAUGCAGUAGCAUGGGGUGCCGAGCAGCCUUCGUCAGAUCUUUCUAACGAUAACGAGGAACCCAAAGAGAGAUGGGCCCUGGACAGGUUCUGCGACGACCUCUUGGCACCUGGGGGCCUGGUACCGCUCGGAAAAAGGAAACGAGUGUUUACGUCGAACACAUUUGACCCACCGGCGUCAGGGAUCAACAUCUGGACCCCGCUUCUCAAUCAUGUCCAAGCCCUUCACCCGGCAUUCUAUGGCGUUGCCGCCACACGCAUCGUCAGCCUCUUAUGCCCCGCGUCUCAAGAGCCGACUACUGCGGAUUCCGCCAGUUCCGACAUUACCUACUAUAUAUGCCUCGCACGAUGGGCCAUGUGGUUUAUAAACAAUCAGGCUGGCGAGGAUAGGGAUCAGGCAUCUGGAGCAGGUAAGGAAGACUUUGUCGCAACCCUGAUCACGAACUUGGGCCUGGGUGCCGAAGACCAGACUGGAUCUAAGAAAGCCGCACAGGCGCUGCUCGAAGCCCUGUGUCAGGGCGAUGCUCGACUAGAAGAAAUCAGAGCUCUGUUCUUACGCAAUGUCGAGAUGGCACCGAUGGGGACUCACUGGCAGGAGAAGGACAUCGAUGUUAUGAACGAGCGUCUCGGCCAAUUGCUUGGCAGUGCACGGAGCGUAUCACCAUCUCCGCUCGACCACACUGAAUCGGCCGAUCAGGCUAUGGGAGACCAGGUUACGCCUCUGCCCCGUGGCUGGCGAGAAGUCGAACAGAGUUGGAAGCCAUGUCCGAUCGGAGUAUUCUCUACACCUUUUGGAUAGGCAUUGAGACACGCAGAGGCA